CCGGGUCGUCCUUGCUCUUAUUGCACCUGAUUCCAGGUGGAAAACAAAGGCUGGGCGGCAGCAGCGCUUUGGGAAGCAGCUCCAAAACCGCCGGGGGCAGCGGGAGGAGGGAGGCAGGGAGGGACAGAUCGCCCCGACCCCCGCCGGGGUUGGAGGCAGCCCCCCCCCGGGGCUCGGCAUUGUCCCCAGCGGUGUGUCCUGCACUUUGCCACUCCCCUGCAAGGUGGUUUUCGAUUCGCGUUCCCUUUUUCCGAGCGCUCAGAGCUGAGCUGGGUGGCUUCGGAGCGAUGGGGACGUGGCCCGGCCCCGCCCGGCCCCGCGUCCCCCGGCUGCUGGUCCUGCUCCUGGCGGCGGCAGGUGCUGCGGCCACUCGGACCCAGCAGGUCAACGGUGUCCGGGGGGGGUCCGCGCUGCUCUCCCUGGAUCUGCCCCCCGACAAGAAGGUGAAGGCGAUCGACUGGACAUUUUUAGGUGUCAGCAGUGACAGGAUCACAGUGGCCGAGUUCGACAACGGUAAAUUCAAGCGCCCCGACCCCCAGGAUCGAUUCAGGGGCCGGGUGGAGAUGAACAAGACGACGCUGAGGAUCGGGACCCUGGAGAGGGGCGACAGCGGCGUCUACGAGGCUCGGAUUAAACUGGAGCCAGCGACCGUGGAGACACAACUCUUCACCCUCUCUGUCUACGAUCCGGUGCCGGAGCCGCAGAUCCAGGGGCAGCGGCUCUCCCUCACCCCCCGGGAAUGCAACCUCACCCUGCGGUGCCAGGCGCCCCCGGGCAGCAAUGCCACGGUCACCUGGCAGCUCGGGAGCUCUCUGGGGGUGCCACAGGCACAGCUCUGCGGGGACAACCAGACCCUGUGCCUGGCCCUGCCCGUCGCUGCCUUCAACUCCACCUACACCUGCCUGGCCCGGAGUCCCGCCCAGGAGCGGAAUGUCUCCGUCCACCUGGGCACCCUGUGCCAGCAGCAGGACACGGGGGCCUGUCAGAGGAGACACGUGUGCCUGGUGCUGGUGGCCGUGGGCAUUUUGGCCCUGCUUGGCAUCGCCUGGAUCUGGAGGAGGAGGAGGAGGAGGAGGAGGAGGAAGAAGUCUGAGGGAGGUGCCCUCUCCCCCCUCUCCAGCGAGGAUCCCCCACUGGAGCUCUUGUACUCCGAGAUCCAGAGGAGAAACUCCCUGGAGCCUCGGGAGUGGCAGGACGGGCCCAGGACCAUCUACUGCGAGGUGCAGGUGAAGGUGUGACCUGGAGAGUCCCAGGUGAGUCCCGGCAGGACCCCCGGAGCAGGAUGGGACCACCGACCCCCCUCACCGUGUGACACCAGGGCUGACGGACACCCACAUUCCCCCCGCGGUGUCACCUCAUGUCCCCCCCCGUGCUCUGGGAGCAGGGCUGGCCUGGGGGGGCUCCCACAUCCCCCACCCCAUGUUUUGGAUCUCCAGUGACUCCAA